GCUCGGCCGCGGGCAGUCGCGGCAGCGUGGCCGCGGCCGAUGGGCUGGACUUGCUCGCGCUGCUGCAGGUGUACGAGCAGCCUCAUCCCGGCGAUGACACGCUCGGGGCCGACAGCCUGACCUUGCCCGACACGGCGAAGGACAACGGCCUGCAGCUCUUCCGGCCCCAGCGGCACCACACGUCCGCGUCCUCGUGGCUCUCGACGCAGCAGUCCCAGCGGGUCCUCAUGAAGAGCGUCCGCGAGGCCUUCGACGACGCCCCCACACCCAAGAUUACGCUGUUCCCGUGGAAGGACCUCAUCACCCUCUCCAGAGCCAACGCGGGCCUGAAGCUAGGGGAUGGAGAGCAGGACGACGCCAACGUUCCCCCGGAGGUCGCUGAGAUGAUGGAGGUGAUGCAGGAGUUCAUCGACUACGUGGAGGAUGAUCACUUCAUGGAGAGCUUCAAGAAGCUCGCAGACGGAUACCAGGACCUGGCGCGGGAGGAGUAG